ACCGGCAGGUUUCACAUGAGCUCUGGGGACCAGCCAGUUUAACGCAGUUACCAAGCCAAGUUCCACAGAGGAGCCGGAGAGGUUUGUUUAGCCAUGGAAACCUCAUGCAUGGAAGGGUUCGGGCAGUUCAUGCAGGUCACUCACCAGCCUUGUCUUCAGCCUGCACUGGGUUCUUCUGGCUUCUCCGUCACUCACUGCGUUUCUCAAAGCUCCAUGCGAGGUUACUGCGCUGGGACGUUCCCAGGCCCAGCUGACCUACCAGCCUACCACCAGGACAAUUACCGCAAUGGGGUCACCAGCGGAGAUUGGUACGGGCAGACGCAGGACGGACCGUACCCACCAAUCUCUAGGUACAUGGGACCGUCUGGAUUUAACAUGCCCAGCACUGGUUGCCUGGGAUAUAUCGGGGAGGUGGCCAAAUCUACCCUCUUCCUCCAGAACACGUCCAGGCGGAAGAGGAGGGUGCUGUUCUCUCAGGCUCAGGUUUACGAGCUGGAGAAAAGGUUUGAGCUCCAGAAAUACCUGACUGCUCCUGAGCGGGAGCAUCUGGCCAAGGUCACCCACCUGACCCCCAACCAAGUGAAGAUCUGGUUCCAGAACCACCGCUACAAGAUGAAGAGGCAAGCCAAGCAGCGGGACCUGGAGCAGCCGCGUAGCCCAAUCUCAGUGCUCCACAAGGCCUGUGCCAGCAGCCCCGUCACCUCCCACGCUGACUAUGGCUUUGCAGAUCCUGAGCUGGAGAAUAAAUCCCCUCCGGAGGCCCAUUACAACCUCCCCAGACUUGGGCAAGGUGGUCUCAGAGGCCAAGGCCUGGCCGUGAGCCCCAACACUACUGUAGACUGUCAGCCCAAGGCCAGCAACAGAAGCCUCAUGUUUAGCAAGUCGUGGUAGCUUCAUUUGGGGAACGGGGCGGAAUUUUCCCAAACUGAGAUCAUUCCACAAAUUCAACACGAGUUCACAGAACAUUUCACACAAUCCAAAUCUCCAUUUUUCCACUGCAAAAAGUUUCAGCCCAAACCAGUUUUUCUCAGUUCGAAGGCGGCCUGAUGCGCCCCAUUUCACAGCUGGGGAUCUGAGGGCAGAAAUACUUGUCCAAGGUCACACACGCAGCGGCGGAGGCGGGAACUGAACUCAAGUCUCUAGCCUUCACCAUUAAUUCCCCAAACUUACCUGCCUACAGGGGUGGGUGGCACUCUGGAGUGGGCUAGGCCAGAGCUGCAUCCGCCUUCGAGGGAGCCUUCAGAACUGGCAUAGCAUACGUAGCUAACGGUGCCUGAGAACAGAGACCCCCACGGAGCUGCUCACAACACACAUCCCAUUUACUCCACUCUGCUCUCUCCAGGGUACAAGGAACACAAACAUGAGGCAUUUCUUUUUAGCACAGGCGCUUUGGUUUGGUGACUGCAAGGCAGCAUGAACGGGGGACAGCUGAGGCUAGUGACACUUACCUCCUUUGUAAAAUGCUGGGUAUCGCGUUGGUCUUAGA